CUGAGAAGUAUUUAGCAAGAAGUGUAUUGACAGAAUGAUGAAGUAUUGAAACUAUAAAAAGGUUCACAAAAUUUUGAAUUUUGAGAUCAGCUUGUCAAUAUUGAAACAGUAGAGACAAAUCUAAGACCAAACAUAGAGGCAGAUUUACUUCUGUAAACAUGUCUAGUGCAAAGGCUACGCGAGCCAGGACUGGCUCCACUGCGUCACAAUUGAAGCAAGAUGAGAAGGAAAAUCAAGAAAAGCAAGACAGUGAAGUGGGAGUGCAAAGAGGGAAGGCGCCAAAGGUAAAGCCAACGAAGUUUGUCUGCAAGGGUGGAAAAAAGCUUGCUGCUGAAGAGUGAGUUGGCGCUAUGGCUGACGACCUGGUGGGAGCCGAGGUCGGUUUGGCCACAGAGUCUCAGCUGGCGCUGGAUGAGUUCUGGCCCAAAAUGACAGAACAGAUACAGAACAUGUCGGUGAACGAUUUCAAGCAGCAGGAGCUUCCCCUGGCUCGUAUCAAGAAGAUCAUGAAGCUGGACGAGGAUGUGAAGAUGAUCUCUGCAGAGGCGCCACUGCUUUUCUCCAAGGCGGCGGAGAUGUUUAUUCACGAGCUGUCACUACGAGCCUGGAUCCAUACAGAGGACAACAAACGCAGAACACUGCAGCGCAACGACAUCGCCAUGGCCAUCUCCAAGUUUGAUCAGUUUGACUUUCUGAUCGACAUCGUGCCCCGUGACGAGAACAAGCAGCCGGCGCGCCAGUCGGAGACCAAGAGCAGCGGAGGCGUCCUGCCCGACCAGGUGCAGUACUACUUCCAGCUGGCUCAGCAGCACCAGGCAGCCCUCCAGCAACAACAACAACAGCAGCAGCAGCAGCAGCAGCAGCAGCAGGUGACGGCGGCGACGUCAGCGUCCCAGCAGCCGCAGUCGAUUCAGAUCAUCAGCGGCGGGCAGGUGCAGACCAUUCAGGUCAUACCGACGUCGGGCACCGCCGCCACGCCAGAGCCGACCAGCGGCCAGUCGGGGGUACAGACGGUACACCUGCACGUGAACGCGCAGGGGCAGCUGGUGCAGCAGCCGGCGCCGGCCCAGCAGCAGCAGCAGCAGCAGCAGUCGCCGGCGCAGCAGCAGCAGAGCGUGCAGAUCAUCCAGCAGGUGAUGGGCGCCGACGGACAGGUGCAGCAAAUACCGGUGCAGCUGAACGCCGGCCAGCUACAGAUGGUUCGGGUGGCUGGCCAGAACACCACCGGUCAACAGACCAUUGUGCUGCAGCCCCCCGGACAGGGUCAGCAGGCGGUGCAGCUGGCUGGCGGUCAGCAGGUGUACAUCGCUCAGCAGGAGAGCUCCUAACUCACCCCCCUCUCACCCGUCACACACCCAUCCAUCGUCACCCGUUCACCCUCCCUGCGUGAUGCACCCUGCGGCCGGCGCCCGAGCUGUCUGACGGUGGCUGACGUCAUAUCACCUGCCGGAUGACGUCAUAGCGCCUGUCGGAUGGCGUCACACCACCUACUGGAUGACGGCAUAUCACCUGGGGUAACGUCACAUCAUCUGCUGGAUAACGUCGCAUUACCUACUGGGUGACGUCACUCAGUGCUCUCGACGAUCACGCGCGGUGCACCGGCUGCCGGCUGGAUUCCGGCGAGUUUUUAUAAACUAAUCGCCGGCGAGGACUGUAUCGGUGCUCUGUGACAUUGGUCUCACACCGUGACUAGUUUUUGACCAAUCGGUCGGUCGGGAGAUCCAGCUGUCGUCUUCAUGAAGUACCUGCGCUAUGACCACGGCGUGGUGUGGUGGGACAGAUCGACAAGGGCAGUGCAGAAGACCAGGGGACGAGUUCCGUUAUGUUGGGCUACCGCAUGACGCCACAGACUGGCGCGGAUGACUAUCGGAACAGCCGACUCGAGGAGCGUGGCUUCUUUCCUGAGGGAUUACGACCUGUCCGAUGUGGUGCGAUCAUCGCGGUGUGGCGUCUGGUUUCCGUUGGGAAGGGCGAUGAUGCCAGCUGAACAGAGGAAACUGUGUUCCGGCAUGGGUAGAACCUUUGCCGUUGCUGAGUGCCAACUCGGAGACACGCAGUGGGCUAGUUUGGUGUCGAAGUGGUGAACUAAGUGAACAAUGUGGAGAGCGAGUGAACAGUGAAUCGAGGGCUGAACUGACAGCACCAUGGCGCGUGGUGAAACCCCGAGUGUUUCUGUGACGAUGAGGCGAGCCGAACGGGGUGCCUGCGUGUGCGAGUGUCUUUUUACAACCGAUCGUAUUUAAGCGUCACACGUCGUGCGGAACCGUUUGCGAGAGUGGACCAGCGUGCGACGAACAAUUGCUGAUAGCAUGCCCAUGGUACAAGAAAAACUGUGCACUUGGUAUUGUGUUCCCGGCGGAUUCUUUGGCGCCGAAAUAUUUUCCUUGCGAAGGAUGAAUUUGUACUGCGUUCCUUUCAGCCGGUUCUGGAAUACGCACUUAUGGGUACUAUGUUCCAGUAUCAAAUUUCGUUUGUUCCCCAACGCUUCUUCGGUUUUCCCUUUGCGUUUUUAAGCGAUCUCCAUGAUAUUUGUCGGAAAGGGAAACGAAAUAUUUAUGUGACUGUUUCAUUCAUUUAUCCUAUCAUUGAGUGUUAUUUUCGGGUCACCCAUUGGCCAUUCUCCGCUUUGCACGACUUCAGUUCGGUUGAAGAGCACCAAAAACAAAUGUUUGAUAAUAUAUGACAUCCAUAGAUUCGGCAAA